AAUAUAAAAAAAUUAUCUGUACAGUCGAUAAUUGUUUAUGUAUUGUACAUUCAAUCAGGCAUCAAAGACUGAGUGUGAAUACAUAAAAAGUUUUUUUAUGAAAAAAGUUAUCCAGCAGAGGUCAGGAAUGUCAAGAAAUUGUAGUUGAAUCUUUUAUUAGUCAAUGAAGAACAGCUGGAACUCAAUUUAGGAUAGCCGUAAUGACUCAAUUAACUGCAGAAGAAAAGCAUCAUUUGAUAACCCGUAAUCUUGCGGAGUGGCUUGGUGAUGAGAAAUUAAAGUCAAUUUUAAAAGAUCGAGAUUUAAAGCUUUACUGGGGAACAGCAACUACUGGAAAACCACAUAUUGGAUAUUUUACUCCAGUAUCAAAAAUUGCUGAUUUUUUAAAAGCCGGCGUUGAAGUAACCAUUUUAUUUGCUGAUCUUCAUGCUUAUUUAGAUAAUAUGAAAGCUCCUUGGGAUCUUUUAGCUCUCCGAACUCAAUAUUAUGAAGCGGUUAUUAAAUCAAUGUUGAAAUCCAUUGGAGUUCCUUUAGAUAAACUCAAAUUUGUUAAAGGAACUGAUUAUCAGUUGUCCAAAGAGUAUACUCUUGAUGUUUACCGAUUAUCAUCUGUAAUUACUGAACACGAUGCUAAAAAAGCUGGAGCUGAAGUUGUAAAGCAAGUUGCGAAUCCAUUACUGUCAGGAUUGUUAUAUCCAGGUCUGCAAGCAUUAGAUGAGCAAUAUCUUGGUGUAGAUGCUCAAUUUGGAGGAGUUGAUCAGAGAAAAAUAUUCACUUUUGCUGAAAAAUAUCUUCCAAUGUUAGGAUUUGAAAAAAGAAUUCAUUUAAUGAAUCCAAUGAUUCCUGGAUUAGCUGGAGCUAAAAUGUCAUCGUCAGAAGAGGAUUCAAAAAUAGAUUUAUUAGAUAAUGCAAGUGCAGUAAAAAAGAAGUUGAAAAAAGCUUUUUGUGAACCAGGGAAUAUUGUAGAUAAUGGAAUUCUUGCAUUCUCUAAACAUGUUAUCUUUCCUCUGAUGAAAGCUGAUGAGAAAUAUUUAGUCCCAAGACCAGCUGAAUUCGGAGGUGAUAUUUAUUUUGAAAAAUAUGAAGAUUUAGAGGCAUCAUUUGCUAAAGAAGAAAUUCACCCUGGUGAUUUGAAGGCUGCUGUAGAAUAUUAUAUUAAUAGACUGCUGGAUCCAAUUAGAAAGGAAUUCGAAUCAGAUUCUAAUUUGAAGAGUUUAAGUAAUAAAGCUUAUCCUCCUCCAGGAAAAGAGAAAAAACAAAAUAAACAAAAUAUUCCAGCUAAUACAAAUGAGGCGGACCCAUCAAGAUUGGAUAUUCGAGUAGGAAAAAUUGUUGAAGUUUCUAAACAUCCUGACGCAGAUUCUUUAUAUAUAGAGAAAAUUGAUCUUGGUGAACCCUCUGGGCCACGAACAAUAGUUAGUGGUUUAGUAAAUUUUGUUCCCAUCGAAGAAAUGCAGAAUAGAAUGGUAGUUAUUUUAGCUAAUUUAAAGCCAGCAAAUCUUCGAGGAGUUGCUUCUCAUGGAAUGGUACUAUGCGCUUCUGUUGAUGGAGAUGUAAGAAAGGUUGAACCUUUACGACCUCCAGCAGAUGCAGCACCUGGUGACAAAGUUAGUAUCGAAGGCUAUGAGAAUGGAACACCAGACGAGGUUUUAAAUCCCAAAAAGAAAGUUUGGGAAAAACUUUCAGUUGAUUUAAUUGUUAAUUCUGAUGGAGAAGCAUCAUGGAAUGGAAAUUUAUUGUUUACUUCAUCUAAAGGAAAAUUGACAGCAGAUACUCUUAAAAAUGUACCAAUUAAAUAA